AUGCCCUGUUACCAUGGUGAGGCCAAGAAUGAGGCACAGGCCGCAGUGUGGAAGCAGUCAACUCCCGACUUGAGGGAGUUCCUCGUGAAGGUGAGGAGGGACGCUGUCAGAGUGGUGAAGAUUGUUAUAAGGAGCGAACAGCUGGUGUUGGGAGAGUACAGAGAGAUGUCUCAGAGCUGGGAUCAGGACUAUGACUCAUGUGUCCUGCCCAUGCUGAACGGUCUGGAACCCUGUUAUAUCCUUUACCGCCUCGACUCACAGAACCAGCUGGGAUAUGAGUGGCUGUUUAUCUCCUGGUCGCCAGACCAGUCACCAGUGAGGUUAAAGAUGGUGUAUGCUGCUACCCGUGCCACACUGAAGAAAGAGUUUGGAGGAAGUCACCUGAAAGAUGAACUGUUUGGAACAGUCCAGGAAGAUGUCUGUUUCCAAGGUUAUCUACGACACCUGUCCUCCUCCUCCUGUCCGGCUCCUCUCACCACUGCUGAGCAACAGCUCCAUCAGAUUAAAAUAACAGAGGACGAGAGGAGACGAGUUGCCACCGUAAGUGGACAAGCAAAGACAGAGAUCAGCGUGGAGAGUAAAAAUCCGACUUUGCAGGGUUUGGCGUUCCCAUUGCAAGAAGAGGCUAAACAUGCUUUACAGCAGCUUAAACUCAAACGCAUCAAUUACAUUCAACUACGGCUGGACACCGAACGAGAGACAACAGAGCUGGUGCACACUAGUGCUACAGAGACCAAAGAUCUGCCGAGCAGAAUCCCCACUGAUGCCCCACGAUACCACUUAUUCCUGUACAAACACGCCCAUCAAGGACAGGCGCUGGAAGCUGUAGUUUUCAUCUACUCCAUGCCUGGGUAUAGCUGUAGCAUCAAAGAAAGGAUGCUGUACUCCAGCUGUAAGAAUCAACUUUUGAAUGAGGUAGAGAGAGACUAUCACAUAGAGAUCGCCAAAAAGAUGGAGAUUGAUAGUGGAGAGUGCCUGACAGAGGAUUUCCUGUAUGAAGAGGUUUACCCGAAGCAGCAUGCUCUGAAACAAGCCUUCACCAAGCCAAAGGGCCCAACAGAGAAACGAGGGAACAAGCGUCUAAUCAGAGGAGCGGGAGAGAAUGGAGAUGAGAGCUAGAAUCAUACAGUCAGAACAUGUAAAAUGACAUCUGA